AUGGAUAAAAGUCAAAAUAAAUUAAACAUUUCAAUGAAUAUAAAUGUAAAUAUUUCAAUGAAUAUAAAUGUAAAUUAUGUAUUAACAUGUUUAUUUAUUUUAAUUGCAAUAAUUGGUAUAUUGGGUAAUUUAUUAGUAAUAAUAUCAGUUCAAGUUGAUUAUAAUAUGAGACGAUCAUUAACAAAUCGUCUUAUUGUUCAUGUUGCUUGUUGUGAUUUAAUAAUAUUAUUAUUUAAUAUUCCUGAUAUAAUUCAAUUUGUUUCAUCAACAAAUGGAAAUUGGAUAUUAAAUGAAUUAUGUUGUAAAUUAAUUCGUUCAAUUCUUGUUUUAGCUCAAUAUGCAUCUGUAUUAACAAUGUGUGCUGUUACUAUUGAAAGAUUUAUUGGUAUUGUUUAUCCACUUCGUUCGAAAUUUUUACAUGAAAAAAAACAUUUUACUCAAAUAACAUUUUUUGUUUGGGUUUUUUCAUUAUUAUGUGUAUCACCAAAUAUUAUUUAUUUACGUGUUAUAACAAUAUCUUCAUCACGUCGUUCUUGUCUUCUUCAAUAUUCUACAGAAAAUAUUUUAUUACAUCAAAUUCAAUAUAUUAUUCAUAAAUCAAUUGAAUCGACUAUUUUCUAUUUUAUUCCACUUUUAUUACAAUUAUAUUGUUAUAUCAGAAUAGUUAAUCAAUUAUCUAAUGUUGAUCAUACACUUCAUCAUUCUUUUCAUUUAACUAAAAAACAUAAUAUUCAACGAAAUGAUAUUUAUUAUGAAGAUGAUUAUAUUGACAAUUAUGGAAAUAUCGAUAGUAAAACAACGAUAGACAAUUCAUUUGUAAAUUCAUUAAAUGAUCGUCAUAAUAAUAAUUGUCGACAAAGUCGUCCUCUAUCUCUAAAAAAUGUUCCUGUAUAUAAUAAUUCUUCAUUAUCAAGUAUAAAACAUCGUCAAGAAACAAAUGAUUAUUAUAAAUCGAAUGUAACUUAUAAAGCAUUAAAAUCUCGUCGAAGUGUUAUUAAAAUGUUGGGUGUUGUUGUUCUUAUUUAUUUUAUAUCAUUUAGUCCUCAAGUACUUGUUUUUAUUUUAUUUGAUACAAAUGCAAUUCGACCUGCUCCACAAUUUAUUCAAACACCUUAUUUUAUUGCUUUUACAAUGCUUUUAGUAACAAUUAGUUCAGCAUCAAAUCCAAUUGUUUAUGCUAUUUUUUGUUCGAAAUUUCGGCAAAGUUUUGCAAAAAUUUUUCGAAGAUUAUUUUUUUGUCAUUGA